UCGGACCGUUAAAAUGAAUCGUAUCCCUGCUUUAUACCAUUCAAAUUCUCGUUACUUAAAUCAAACUGUUAUUAGAAGAUUAAAUACACUUGCGUUACGUCGUGAGGACAAAAGUCGAUGGGAACGCAGAGUUGCAUUGACGCCUGAUGAUGUUUCAAAAUUGAUCAAAGAAACAGGUGUAAAAGUAUACGUGCAACCAUGCAAUAAACGUGUAUUCAGCAAUGAAAAAUAUGAACAAGCUGGCGCAGUAGUUCAGGAAGACAUUUCGAUUGCAGAUGUAAUAAUGGGGAUCAAGGAAGUUCCAACUAAAAAUUUAAUCCCGAAUAAGACGCAUAUAUUCUUCUCUCACACACAUAAGGGACAAAGUUAUAAUAUGAAAAUGUUGCAAGAUAUUCUCGACAAGAAAAUACGACUGAUUGAUUAUGAAUUGAUGACAAACGAGGAGAAAAAACGUCUGGUAUUAUUCGGAACUCACGCUGGUUACGCAGGAAUGAUUGACGGACUUCAUGGAUUGGGAUUAAGACUUUUGGGAUUGGGUUAUAAUACGUCAUUCAUGCACAUUGCAAUGUCACAUUCGUAUAAAUCUCUCGAUUCUGCUUUAUCGUCAGUCAAAAGCGUGGGCGAAUCAAUUGCUACUGAAGGAUUACCUAAAGAUUUAGGUCCGAUGACUUUUGUGUUUACAGGAACUGGGAAUGUUUCUAAUGGGGCUCAAGAGAUAUUCAAACACUUGCCACAUGAGUACAUAGAUGCUAAGGAUUUAAAAGAAUGCACUUCAACACCGCAUAAUUAUAACAACAAGAAAAUUUAUGGUUGUCAAGUUAAACUUCAAGAUUAUCUUGUUCAUAAGAAUUUGGGAUAUUUUAUAUCUAAAAGUGAUUAUUAUGCUAAUCCCAACGAAUACGAAUGUGAAUUUCACACAAAGAUUGCUCCAUAUACUACGAUGCUCAUACAUGGAUCUUAUUGGGAUACACGAUAUCCGAGGUUAUUAACUAACGAACAUUUGAGAGCUAUUCAGGCGGAUCCAAGCAACAAAAAUAGAUUAUUAGCUAUUUCUGACAUAAGCUGUGAUAUAAAUGGCGCGUUGGAAUGUCUUUCUCAUUCAACCACAAUUGAUGAUCCAUUCUAUUAUGUGGAUGCUGUUAAUAACAAAGAACAUAAAAAUGAUGAAGGAAGAGGAACGCAAAUAAUGGCAGUUGACAUUCUCCCUACAGAAAUUCCACUUGAAAGCAGCAAACAUUUCAGCAAAUCUCUUUAUCCAUUUAUGAAUGAUUUGAUUAAUGGAAAGAUUGAUCAAAAUUCUGUACUUUCAAGAGCAACUAUCGCAAAAGAUGGAAAAUUAACAGAUUCACACACAGAUUUAUAUAAUUUAUUGCCAAAGAGCAACAAUUCAAUUUCAUCUUUAGAGUCUCGAAAAGACAAUAAGAAGAUUUUAUUACUAGGAAGUGGAUUUGUAGCUAAACCUUUAGUGGAUUAUUUGAGCAAACAGGAGGAUUUAUCAUUGAUAAUUGCUAGCAAUAUGCGAGCUGAAGCUAUUGCUCUAACGCGUGGAAAUCAAAAUAUUCAAACUGUCGAUUUAGAUGUGAACAAAAAGGAAGAGUUAUCAAAAUUGGUUCAAGGAGCUGAUGUCGUCGUUAGCCUUCUACCAGCACCUUUACAUCCAAUUGUUGCAGAGAUGUGUAUUACACAUAGGAAAAAUAUGGUCACAGCUAGUUAUAUUUCAUCUGAAAUGAAAGCACUAGAUGAACGAGCGAAACAAGCUGGGAUUACAAUUCUUAACGAGAUAGGAGUUGAUCCUGGAAUCGAUCAUUUAUCUGCCAUGAAGAUUAUUGACGAAGUUAAAGCUGAAGGUGGAGAGGUAACGUCAUUUAUUUCAUGGUGUGGAGGAUUACCGGCUCCAGAAGAUUCAGACGUCCCACUUGGAUAUAAAUUUAGUUGGUCACCAAGAGGUACCCUUACAGCAACAUUAAAUGAUGCAAGUUUCUGGAUGAAUGGAAAACAUCAAGAAAUUCCAGGAGGAGCAUUGUUAAAAUCUCAUUUUCCAACAGUAACUAUUUAUCCUGGACUUGUGUUUGAAGGAUUUGCGAAUAGAGAUUCCUUGUCAUAUAUUAAUACUUAUGGAUUGGCUCCUUUAGAAACAAAAAGUGCAAUGUUUAGAGGAACAUUAAGAUACAAGGGAUAUUCUGAUCUUAUGUAUUCAUUUUAUAAACUUGGGUUUUUAGAUACUAAUACUGAAGAAGUUAAAUAUUUUACAUGGUCAGAUUUUCUCGAUCAUAAACUUUUCGGAUCAUAUAAUAACGAACCUACUGAAGCUUCAAGGAUAUCAGCAAUUGCUGAAAAAUUAAAUUUAUCAAAAAAUCAUCAAAUGGUUGAAAAAGUUGUAGAUGCUUUGAAAUGGUUAUCUUUAAUUCCUGAUUCAAAUACAUCAUUAUCAUCAUCAUUGAUACCAUCUACAGCAAACACUUCAACAUCACUUGAUACAUUUUGUUCAUUAUUACAACAAAAGUUACAAUAUAAGCCAGGAGAAAGAGAUUUAUUAGUAUUACAUCAUGAUUUCGGAAUUAAAUUGAAAAAUGGAGAAGAGCGAACCAAAACAUCUACGCUAGUAAGUCUUGGAUCUUUAGAUACAUACACGGCAAUGGCGCAACUUGUUGGAUUACCAGCAGCUAUAGCAACUGAAAUGAUUGUAAGAGGAGAAAUUAGAGAUACGGGUAUUUUAGCGCCAACUUUACCACAUAUUUAUAAUCCUAUCUUGCAAAAUUUAGAUCGUAACGGUGUUAAAAUUGUAGAGAAUACGGUUAAUAACAACAGAGGAAUGAAAGGAAAAUUAAAUUGGAGUGGAAGUGGAAUUUGGGAAUGAAAAAUUAUUAUAAUUACAUAUAUUAUUUUUUUCCCCCAUCAAUUUUAUAAUUUAAUGUUUU